GCUUCAUUAUUGAAUUGAAAUAUGAUGUUCAAACAAGGGAAUGAAUAGGUAGUGUUUUGUGGGACAUUCUUUGUACCGAACAUGGAUCACAGUGAGAAAAUCGAAAGAAAAAUUCAUCCCAGAGAGAGAGCUAAUGUGUUCUCUCUCUUAACUUUUCUGUACACCAGAAAAAUAUUUUCUUCUGGAUUUAAGAAAGAUCUUGAAGAUGACGACCUGUACAAUGUCACUAGGGACUGUAAAUCGAGGAAGUGCGCCGAUAAACUGGAACAUUCAUUGAAAAAUGAGCAAAGGAGAUCGAAACCAUCUACUUACAGGGCCAUGUGGCAUACCUAUGGCAUCAAGUAUAUCAGCUUAGGGUUAAUUAAUUUGAUUAUGCAUUUAGUGAGAGAUUUAAGCUUCAAAAACGUUUUCAAGUCGAGACCCUCUCCUCACGAUUACACAUCUGUAAGAUUGACAGACAAUGGAGGGACGAUAGUGAAUUGGUUUGCGUCAAUUGUUCGUUCUACUCAUUUGAUCGACUUCUGUUUGGAAUUGUGGAUCGAGUCCGAUGGCUUUCACCAUAUUUCUAAUUGGCUUUUACUGUGUCAAAUACAUCAGAGGAAAGAUUUCCUGUCAUUUUUGUUAUUGUCGAACGGUUUGAUGUUGAACAUUUGUUGUCAAUACUUAAUGUAUUUUCAAUACCUUUCAGGAAAUGUUGUGAAUGUGAUUACCAAGGAUGUCUCACAGUUUGGAGGCGCCGUUUGGUUAUUCAAUGAUCUUUGGACGGCAGUCAUUCAGAUGAAUUUUGUCUCCUACCUCAUAUACAAGAAAAUUGGUAUCUCCUCUUUUGUAGGAAUAUCAAUGUUGUUAUCACUAAUACCUCUACAAAUUUACAUUGCGUCAAUCUUGAAGAAAAUCAGACUAAAAAUAAACAAGAAAACGGAUGAUAGAUUACAAAAAACUCAAGAGGCUUUGUCUACGAUCAGAACUAUCAAAAUGUACACAUGGGAGAAAAUCUUCGGGCGUAAUAUUGAAGAAUCUAGAAAAUUCUUCAAUUUUUUAGUUUACAUUGCGUCAAUCUUGAAGAAAAUCAGACUAAAAAUAAACAAGAAAACGGAUGAGAGAUUACAGAAAACUCAAGAGGCUUUGUCUACGAUCAGAACUAUCAAAAUGUACACAUGGGAGAAAAUCUUCGGGCGUAAUAUUGAAGAAUCUAGAAAAAAAGAAACAAAGACUCUUUUAAAAAGCUCUGUUAUUUGGACGCUGAUGAUUACUGCGAGUAGUUUGGUGGGAAAAUUCGCAUUCUAUGCCUUGAUUAUGAUAUAUGCUUACGUCAACGAAGAUAUAAGCGCCGAAACUGUAUUUUACCUAAUGAGAAAUUUCGACACUCUGGUUCAUACCAUCUCACAGUCAUUUUCAAUAGGUUUUGCAGUAUGUGCAUCAGUGAUGGCUUCCGUGAACAGAAUAGACAGAGUGUUGCAGUUGGAAGAACUUGAAGACGACCAGGUGGAUAAGCCUGAUGACGAUCCGUUGAUCGAUAUACGGAACGUCAGUUUAACCUUGAAAGAUACAAACAUUCUAAAGAAUAUCACUGCGAAGAUGGAAGUUGGAGUGAACGUUUUAACAGGCCAGUUGGGAUGUGGAAAGAGCUCGUUGAUAAAAGUGAUUCUGAAAGAUUAUCCAAUAGAUGAGGGGGAGCUGCGAACGAGGGGAAGAAAGAGCUAUGCCUCUCAAGACCCUUGGCUAUUUCCUUCUACCAUAAAACAGAAUAUUUUGUUCGGGGAGAAAUAUGACUACAGAAGAUAUAAAAAGGUCGUUGAGGUAUGUGCUUUGGAAUAUGAUUUCAAACUACUUGAGGAUGGAGAUGAGACAAUUAUCGCCGACAGAGGGCUGAACUUGAGUAAAGGACAGCAGGCCCGUGUAAACUUAGCCAGAGCUAUUUACAAAGACAGUGACAUCUACCUCAUCGACGAUGCUUUGACGGCUCUAGACCCCCAGGUUCAAGAACACAUCUACAACCAGUGCAUCAAAGGUUUUCUGAAAGACAAACUGGUGCUGUUGGUCACGCACAAUGCUAAACAUAUCGCUGGUGCGGAUAUGCUUCUGAUCCUCCAAGAUGGGAAGGUUAAGUUCGCAGGAAAACAGAUCGACAUUUCCCAGGAUAUUUUGGAAGAAUUCGAAAGAGAGGACGAGGUUCCUAAAGUGAUGAAAGCGAAGCAGGAAGCCGCCCUCAAAGAUGAAGAAGACGACGAAAGUUCUGAAUUGUUAGGCCAGGUCGAGAAGAAAGGAAAAGCAGUUUAUCAUGAGGUUAAGAAAAAAGGAAAAGUAAACUUAUCGGUAUAUACCAAGUUCAUAAACUUAGGUGGAGGAUGGCCAAUUGUCUUGUUCCUCAUACUAUUUUACUGUAUAUCAACUUUCGUCAGCAGCUCGUCCCAGAAGAUGCUGAGCAACUGGGCCAACGAAAGAUCAGCCAUUAUGGGUGUUAAAGAAACAUAUUUCGGCAAUACAACUAUUCCAUAUGUGAACACGACUGAACUAUUCGUAAAUAGUUCCGAACUGAUGAACUAUACGAAGGAACUAGUUUCCUGGAGCGAAAAUAUAAAACUUUCGGAGAUUCUGGAACGAGCGACCGACCUUGGAUUGAAUAAAACGGUGAUGGUGGCUUUACAUUUGGAGCGGUUGGAAUGGCGUGCUUCGAAAACUUUAAACCUCUAUUCCAUAUUACUAAUUGCAUCAGUGCUUUUGGAAGUACUCAAAAGUAUAUUGAUAAUGCAGUUCACAUACAAAGCGUCGAUUAAUCUACAUAAAGCGAUGAUGAAAAGCAUUAUCCAUGCCGGAAUGUCAUUUUUCGACAGUUACUUCAUUGGUAACAUUCUGAAUAGAUUUUCACAGGAUUUGAAUAUUGUUGACGAAGUGUUGCCUAUGUUUUUAUCCAUAUUCAUCGCGGUUCUGUUCGCCCUUUUUGGAAAUAUUGGAUUGAUAGCAUCUAUAAGUUUGUCAUUUAUUCUUCCCGCGGUCAUACUCGUCAUUUCUUUGGUGCUUUUACGAUUCAUUUACAUGCCUACAGCUAGAAGUUUGAAACGUCUGGAAGCCGCUAAAUUAACUGUUCGAGAGCUGUCAAUGAAUAUUUUUAUGUCCAUUCCUAUUUUCUCUGCGAAGCAGAAACUGAAUUCUCAAAUUAUUACAGGUUCCGAAGCUGGAGAUGUUGGUUUGACGCUGACGCAGGGUGGAAUGUUGGCCAUGUUGGUCCAAAUGACAUUACAGCAGUGGUCCGAAACUGAAAAUCGUAUGACAUCGGUUGAAAGAGCACUCGAAUACACUAUCAUCGAACCUGAAACGGAAAAAGGCACUGAAGUUCCCAACUGGCCUACUCAUGGAGAAAUAACUUACAACCACGUUUCUUUGACUUACACUAGGUCUCACGAGAAAGUCCUCAAGGACAUCAAUUUCAAAGUAAAACCCAAAGAAAAGAUCGGCAUCGUCGGCAGGACUGGGGCAGGAAAGUCUUCCAUAGUCUCUACGCUGUUCAGACUGUACAACUUCGAGGGGGAGAUUUUUAUUGACGGAGUGGACACAAAAGCGUUGCCUCUCAAGUUCUUGAGGCAACACAUAUCCAUCAUCCCUCAAGACCCCAUUAUGUUCUCCGGCACAAUCAGGAGUAACGUGGAUCCUCUACACGAAUAUACUGACGAAGAAAUUUGGAAAACCCUUCACAAAGUUAAAUUGGAUGUUAUCGUUCCAAGUCUGGAAACUCACGUCGAAGACACGAAUUUCAGUACUGGUCAACGUCAGCUGAUAUGUUUGGCUAGGGCCAUCAUUCGAAAGAAUAAAAUAGUUGUUCUUGAUGAAGCGACCGCCAAUAUGGACCCGGAGACCGAAAGUAUCGCCGACAAGACUGUGAAGGAAAACUUUGCUUCUUGCACGGUAUUUGUGAUUGCUCACAGAUUGGAAUCCAUAUUGGAUUGCAACAAAGUGAUGGUUCUAGAUAGGGGUCAAAUCGCCGAGUAUGAUGACCCAAAAGUUUUGAAAGAGAAACCAAAUGGACUGUUUGCCGGAAUGCUUAAAAAUGCAGGAAUUGUAUCUUCGAAUAAGAAAUAAAAUAGACAAAAAUUU